UGCUAACAGCUACAGUUGUAUUGCUGAUGUGAUAUUACUGAAAUGUCAUCGUAUAUGGCAGGUGUUUUCGAUUUAGAUUUGGAUGUUGAUACAGUUACUGUUGGAGAUUCUGACGAAGACGAUAUUAUUGAAGUUGAUGAGGUCGAUUAUGAUCCCGAACUUAAUGUGAAUAAUAUAGCUGAAUCUGAGUGUUCAGAAACUAUACAGCUGUCAGAAGAUAAUGUGAAUCCAGGCCAGUGCAAGCGUCUAGGACCCCAAGAUUUCGAACUAAGAAAAGUGUUAGGAAAAGGUGGCUAUGGCAAAGUAUUUCAAGUACGAAAAAUCACAGGUCCUGAUGCAGGUGCUCAUUUUGCGAUGAAGGUUCUUAAGAAAGCUUCUAUAGUCCGUAAUCAGAAAGAUACUGCACACACUAAAGCAGAACGAAAUAUUCUAGAAGCUGUUAAGCAUCCAUUUAUAGUUGAAUUAGUAUAUGCUUUCCAAACUGGUGGAAAACUGUAUUUAAUUUUAGAGUAUUUAAGUGGUGGAGAACUUUUUAUGCAUCUGGAGAGAGAAGGUAUUUUUCUUGAAGACACAGCUUGCUUUUAUUUAUCAGAAAUAAUUUUGGCACUAGAACAUUUACAUAGCUUGGGUAUAAUUUAUCGUGACCUCAAACCAGAGAAUGUUUUACUAGAUGCACAGGGUCAUGUAAAACUCACUGAUUUUGGCUUAUGUAAAGAACAUAUACAAGAAGGUAUUGUUACACAUACAUUUUGCGGUACAAUUGAAUAUAUGGCGCCAGAAAUAUUAACAAGAAGUGGCCAUGGGAAAGCUGUAGACUGGUGGAGUUUAGGUGCUUUAAUGUAUGACAUGCUGAUUGGUCAGCCACCAUUUACUGGUGAUAAUCGCACUAAAACAAUAGAGAAAAUAUUAAAAGGAAAACUCAUGUUACCUGCUUACCUCACACAAGACGCACGAGAUUUGAUACGACUCUUCAAACACGUGCACUGGGAUGAUGUAUUCAACAGAAGAUUGGAACCACCUAUGAAACCAAUACUAUCAAGUGAAGAUGAUGUUUCACAAUUUGAUACAAGAUUCACUCUACAAACACCAAUUGAUUCACCAGACGAGUCUACACUUAGUGAAAGUGCUAACCUAAUGUUCCAGGGGUUCACAUACGUCGCUCCGUCCGUGAUGGACGAGGUGCACAAGCCGCGCGUGGUGACGGCGCGCUCCCCGCGGCGGCCGCGCUCGCACCACGCGCCCUUCGCCGCGCCCGGCGCGCACUCCGCCGCACACGCGCUGCCAGAGGACCUCAUGGAUGUACAAGGUCUACCUAUAUAGUGAGUAGCCGCUCGCCCGACGCCAUAGCAAUAAUAUCGGAAUGUAUUUAUUAUGUGUAAAGACUUCACAAGUCUCAUUUCAAUUGGAAAAUAUCAAGUGUAACAAGACGAUUUAUGCUCCUAUUUUCAUUUCAUGUUGAUUGUCAUUUUCCAGGAGCAGAAUUAGUCAAUAUUAUUAUUUUACUUGAUUAUAGUUUAAGUUAUAUUAAGUUGAUUAAUUUUUGUUAAUUACAUCUGUGUUAAGUCUGAAAUCAACUUGUUUUGUUUUUAACUAAUGUUGUAUGUUAUCGAAAAAUAAUGCAAAGUUUAAAAAAACAUAAAUAUAAAAGCUAUAAGGAUAUUGUUAUAAUAUGAUAACCAGAAAGUUGUGAACAUAAAGGGAAACAAGAACAAUGCAUUACCUGACAUAAUACAAAAUCAAUAAUACUUGUGGCGGACAAAAUAAUCCUUGCAUAAAUAACUAGCUCUUAGUUGAAUCAGUGCUCAAACAGUGCCUUCAAAUAUACAACUUUAUAACUAAUAAUUUUAAGUAUAAGAACAGUAAGAAUACUAAUUUUUACCAACCCAUGUACUUAUAUUUUUAAUGUUUAUUAUCCGAAGUGUGUCUGUACAAGGAAAAAUAAUAAUCUUUUGUUACACUUGGUAUAAUAUAAAUGAUUAACAAAUUAAUAUUAGGAUAAAUUAAGUUUGUUUAGAAUAUAUAAUGGAUUGAUGUAUUGUGUUACUUGAACAUUUAAUGAGAUUAUGAUAAAAAGGUUGUUGAAUGUAAUUAACAAAGAAUAUAAGUACGAAUGUUUUAUUUUCAGGCCUAGGAUAAUUCACAUAGUUGACCAUUUUAUACAAAUGAUGAAUACUACUACAAAAAGCUGCCCAUCUUAAUUAUGUCCGUAAAAUAAUGGUACUGUUUUAUACUACUAUUGUUAAUGUACAUUUUAUACGAGUUACCGUUUAGUUUAAUAUUUUGGUAGGGUUUUAACACGUAUAAUAAAACGUUCUAACUCCGAUUAUACUACAGAGUAAUAAUUAAAAAUAUACCUUGUUACCACGCUUCAUGAAUUGAAUUAAAGGUCAUUUUUAUUUUGUA